GAGCUUUACUGCUCGCAACUCCUGUAAGUUUUGUUAUCCCUUUUUUUUCCUGCCGUGUCUUCCUCAAAGACGCCGUGCUCUGCCCAGUCCUUGCACGUGUCGGGGUGGAGGUGUUUCAACAUGAAUGGCAUAGCAGAUUGAUCUCCUCUUACGAUUACUCCAAGUCAAUUGCUACUCCUCCGUCAAUAGACCAUCAGCUAACUGAAUUGCCUGACCCGCGCAGCUUCGAGGUUCUGCUUGCCCAUCAUGGCUACGACUUCCACCCCCCAAGGGAGUCUGCGCCAAAGAAGUGUUGGUAGGAAGAAGGACGGGGGCGUCUCGGACGUCGAGCUGGAUGACAUCGUGAAGACAAGCGUGAAGAAACCCCGGGCUGCCAGCUCAGAACGAGACUACAAAGUCACCCUCGUGUUCAUCACUGCUCUCGCCUUCCUGACCAGAUUCUGGGGCAUCAGCCACCCUAACGAAGUUGUCUUCGAUGAGGUCCAUUUUGGCAAGUUCGCUUCAUACUACCUCGAAAGGACUUAUUUCUUCGAUGUCCAUCCACCGUUUGGUAAACUCCUUUUCGCCUUCAUGGGCUGGCUGGUCGGUUACGAUGGCCAUUUCCAUUUCGAGAACAUCGGCGACUCGUAUAUCGCGAACAAGGUCCCAUACGUGGCCUUCCGAUCUAUGCCGGCUUUCUUGGGCACCAUGACUGUCUCUGUUGUGUAUCUGAUCAUGUGGGAGUCUGGAUACAGCUUGCCCGCAUGUGUUGUCGCCGCUGGGUUGAUUCUUCUCGACAACGCCCACAUUGGCCAGACCCGGCUCAUCCUCCUGGAUGCCACCCUCGUCUUCGCCAUGGCAUGCAGCCUGCUCGCCUAUAUCAAAUUCUACAAGCUGAGGCACCAGCCUUUCUCGAGGAAAUGGUGGAAAUGGCUGAUCCUGACGGGUUUCGCGCUCUCGUGCGAUAUGUCAACCAAAUACGUCGGCCUCUUCGCCUUCAUCACCAUCGGUUCUGCGGUUGUCAUCGACCUCUGGGCACUGUUGGACGUCAAGAGACCCGGCGGUGCACUGAGUCUCCCCGAGUUCGGCAAGCAUUUUGCGGCUCGCGCGUUCGGCCUCAUCGUGAUGCCUUUCAUCUUCUACCUUUUCUGGUUCCAGGUUCACUUUGCUAUCCUCAACCGGUCUGGCCCGGGCGAUGACUUCAUGACGCCCGAGUUCCAGGAGACGCUGAGCGACAACGCUAUGCUCCAGAAUUCUAUUACCAUCGAGUACUAUGACACCAUCAGCAUCAAGCACAAGGAGACCAAGGCUUAUCUUCAUAGCCAUCCCGAGUAUUAUCCUCUGAGGUACGACGAUGGCCGUGUGUCUAGCCAGGGCCAGCAGGUUACGGGAUAUCCCUACAAUGAUACCAACAAUUACUGGCAGAUCAUUCCCGUCGACGAUGAUCAGAAGACGGGGCGGCCCGUCAAGAACCACGACCUUGUCAGACUUCGGCACCUAGGGACAGACACCAUACUCCUGUCCCACGACGUCGCUUCUCCUUUCUAUCCCACCAACCAGGAAUUCACAACAGUUCCGUUGACCGAUGCCUAUGGUGAUCGACUCCAGGAUACCCUCUUCGAGAUCCGGAUCGAGAAUGGCAAGCCCAACCAGGAGUUUAAGAGUGUUUCCGGCCACUUCAAGUUCAUCCACAACCCUAGCAAGGUUGCCAUGUGGACGCACCCGACCCCGUUGCCUGAUUGGGGUCAUAAGCAGCAGGAGAUCAACGGGAACAAGCAGAUCGCCCCCAGCUCCAAUGUCUGGCUGGUUGACGACAUCCCGUCUCUGCCCGCCGACGACAAGCGACGAGAGAAGCCGGAGAGGCAGGUCAAGACCCUUCCCUUCCUGAGGAAGUGGUUUGAGUUGCAGCGGUCCAUGUUCUGGCACAACAACCAGUUGACCAGUAGCCACCCGUACGCAUCCCUGCCGUACCAGUGGCCUUUCCUGCUCCGUGGCGUGAGCUUCUGGACGCAGAACGACACUCGGCAGCAAAUCUACUUCCUCGGCAACCCCAUCGGCUGGUGGAUUGCCAGCAGCGUACUGGCCAUCUACGCCGGUAUCGUUGCGGCUGACCAGUUCUCGCUGCGCCGUGGCAUUGACGCCUUGGACCAUCGCACACGGUCUCGGUUGUAUAACUCGACAGGAUUCUUCUUCCUGGCAUGGGCAACACAUUACUUCUCCUUCUUCGUCAUGGGUCGUCAGCUCUUCCUCCACCACUACCUGCCCGCUCACUUAGCUUCGGCGCUGGUGACUGGAGCCCUUGUGGAGUUUGUCUUCCAGACGGAGCCACCGGAGAGUGAGGCUGCUUACCAGGCGGCCAGGUCUGGCAAGAAGGCUGCCCCGGCCGCGAAGAGACACGUGACGGCUCGGGAGCGAUUCGCGGGCCAGAGCAUGAUGGGGUCGUGGAUCGCCUGCCUCGUCAUCCUGACUCUCGUUGCCGCUGGCUGGUACUUCUUCCUGCCCCUGACAUACGGCUACCCCGGCCUUUCCGUGGAGGAGGUCCUGAGACGGAAGUGGCUCGGUUACGAUCUGCACUUUGCGAAAUAAUUGCUCCCGACGAACGGCGCCAGGAGGCUUUCCUUAUCAUCAGGUCUGCCCUGGCAAUACCUGGGCAACCCGCAGCCUCGUGUAAUAUCUAGAUAUACGUUUCUGGGGGGAGGAAAGGCGUAGGGGAAAAGAAGUCUGUUUCGCUGGAGGGGUGGCGGAGGUAGGCUCAUUCAUUGUAGGAUCUGGGAGAAGAAAAAAAGGAAAUUUGCCUUUCUUUAUGCACUUCUUGGAAUUAGCUGCACGCAACAGAGGACCGACUACCGAGAGAACAUAGCAUCACUAGACUGAAUUUGAGUGCCAUGAGGCGUUUGGCUUA